UAUCUCGACCAGUCUGCAGCAGUCUCCUGUGUGCUGGAAAAAAAGACUCCUGUCUUCAUACCAAACCUUAUUCCAACAACUUCCAAGAACUCUGGGGGACAGUGAGAGAUGGAGAAAAGGGCAUGCGAGAUGCUGAAAGAUGCAUGAAGUCAGAAGCAAACAUAGCUGUCAAUGCUGUCUCCCAAGACAUUCCGCAGGAUCUUCCUGACACACCCGGGAACCCAAACAGUUGGGGUAUAGAGGAGUUAGCAGGCCAACUGGCCCUAGUGAAUGAGUUAAGCAGAGUUCACAGGCACUCAGGUGAGCCCCCCCUUAGAGAUGAUGUUUUAGCCAUCUUUAUGGAUGCGAGCAGCAGCUCUGAGACAAGGCACCGAAGACCAAACAUUGAGGAUGAAGAGAUUAUCCAGACAGUUCUGGAUUUGGAAGAGGAUUACAGCACGGCCAUCUCUGCUCUGCACCAACUGAACUAGCAAAACUGGCUCAAAGGUUUACAUAGGCAAAGACUUAAGAAACAACCGUUCUUAAACAUGGAGCCUUUCUGGGGGAAAAAAUGGCAGAUUCCAUGUAAUAUAAAGGUUCAAUUAAAAUAAUAGUAAUUUGCAAACUC